AUGAUAACAGAAAUAUAAAAAAAAUCAAUAACGCUUAAAAAGAAAAAUAAUAAAAUAAGAAAGAAAUGUAAUUAAUUAUUUGUAUUUUAUUUAAUGUAUUUUCGUAUGAUAAAAUGCAGGAACAAAUAACUAAUAAAAUGCAUUAAAGUAGCAUCUUAAUAAGCGUCACGGGCAGCUCCUUCAGCCUUUGAGAGGAUCUGA